AUGGAUGUAAUGUCUAGUAAUCAUAUAAAAGCUUUAUUAAAUAAAGCAAUACAUGAAUGUAGUUCAAGUAUACAAGAACGUGAAGCAGCUAUCGAUGAAUUUUAUAAAGUAUUAAAGAAAACUAAAGAUGGUGUUGCAUAUGGUGUUCAUUUAUUAGCUGAAAAGAUUGCUGAUUCACCUGAACAAGAAUCAUUAGAAGCCUUAGAUGUUCUAGAUAAAUGUAUGUAUCGAUGUGGUGUUGUAUUUCGUAGUGAAGUAAAUAAAUUUCGUUUCUUAAAUGAAUUAAUAAAGAUAGUAUCACCUAAAUAUAAAGGUUUACAUAAAUCACCAUUAGUACGUUAUCGCAUCUUAUUAUCAAUGCAUCAUUGGGUUAAAUCUUAUCAACAAGAAUAUAAGAUUAAAGAAGCUUAUGAGAUGUUAAAACGUCAAGGUAUCAUUAUUGAAGAUGUUCAUGGUAAUAUGUCACCAAUAUUAAGUGGUUAUAAUAAUACUAAUAGUGGAAGUAGUGGAAAUAAAAUAAUUACAUCAUCAUCAUCAUCAUCAGUAGUACCAGUUGUACCAGUAACAGUAGCUACACCUAGUAGUAAUGUUUGUACUAAUGCUAGUGCUACUAAUGCUACUAUAUUUGAAGAUGAUGAGAAAUCUAAAUUAUUAAAAAAAUUAUUACGUAGCAAGAAUCCAGAUGAUUUACAAGCAGCUAACAAACUUAUUAAAACAAUGGUUAAAGAGGAUGAAAAACGUUGUGAAUUAGAAACAAAACGUUCAAUAGAAUUACAAACAGUUCAUAAUAAUGCUAAAUUAUUAAAUGAAAUGUUAGAUUCAUAUUGUUUAGAUGGUGCUAAUGGUGCUAAUGGUGCUAGUUCUACAACUACUAAUAAUGAAUUAGAAUUAAUUAAAGAAUUAUAUCAAAGUUGUGAACGUUUAAGACCACAUGUAUUUCAAUUAGCAUCUGAUACACAAAAAAAUGAAGAACUAUUAAAUGAUAUAUUAGAAGCAAGUGUUGCAUUAGGUGAAGUUUAUGAAAAAUAUAAAAGAAUUAUAAUACAAGGUUGUACAAAUACAACAAUAACAACAACAACAUUAACAACAAGUAUAAAUAAACAACAACCACAACCACAUACAACAACAACAACAACAACAUGUAAUAAUAUUAUUGAUACAACAGAUAUUGUUGAUCAAACAACAACAUCAUUAUAUAAUAAUAGUUAUUGUUCAGAUUUAUUACAAAUAAAUAAUAUAACAACAACAACAACAACAACAACAACAGAUGAUUUAUUAGAUUUAACAACAUCUCAUUAA